GACGGUUCGACGGGAAGUUACAGAAAGUAAAUCGUUAAUUCCUAAAAAAGAAUAAAAUAAGCAAAGUUUGCAGAAGAUCGAUCUGUUACAAAGAAAGAAUCAUGGCUAAAGGAACCUGGUACCGGGAGAACUAUAUGAUUUCCACUUCGCCGGAGCUUAUCCAACCUGAGGCUGUCAAUGCAGCGUUCGAAUCUGAUGCUAUAUAUUGGGCCAGGGGCAUGGAGCCUGAAUAUUUGAAGAAGAUGUUAAGCAAGUCUCUUUGUUUUGGAGUUUAUGCACUACCAGAAUCAUCCUCAGAACUUGCUGGUCGCAGCGAUCCUCCUCAGAUUGGUUUUGCUCGUGUAAUUACAGACGAGGUCACAUUUGCAUACCUGACAGAUGUAUAUGUUCUUGAGGAACAUCAGGGGAAGGGUCUAGGAUCGUGGCUGGUGGAAUGUGUCAACGAGGAGUUCGCUUCUUGGCCGCAUCUGAGACGAGUGAUGCUGAUGGCAAACCUGAAAGAGGGAGAGGCGUUUUAUGCAAAGAUGGGAAUGUCUCAAUUCAAGCAGGGCGAGAAUGGUUUUGCAAUCUUAAACAAGCAGGGAAGGGGCUCUGCGAUGCCGGUUUGAAUGUUGUUUUGUAUUAGAUCUUUCAAGUAGUUUUCCCAUACGCUCCACCAG